UGUCAGUUGCCACCCAAGACGUGAUUCAACUCCAACAAUUACCAUUAUCUGUUCCCCGGUUUGACGAUACGGGACGAAUCUGUAAUGAUGACGAGUGUUUCCUUCGCUCAUUGUUGAGGCUUUUCUCUUUCUCCACACCUACCAUCUUUGUGUGACGGCACUCCAGCCAUUCAGGUACUCAGCGAGAGGAGGAGGACGCUUUAAAAGCGGAGCAGCCUUGUGUUUGCAGCUCGUUGGAGUGCUGUUUGUGUAAACACUGAGCCCAGCGCACACACAUCGGUUUCCGAGCUGCUGUUUGGACAGCGCGUAAAGUGGAGAGGAUCCGCUGCGUUUCUCCUCCUCCACCUCCUCCUCCUCAUCAUCCUCAUCCUUUGGAUAGACUCGCUUUGCUUGCUUGUUUUUAGUCUUUCGUAAUCCAAAACAAACCCGGACUGCACGCACGGGACGCGAUGGCCGCCCCGACCAAAUUCAGUUUUUCCGUCAGGAGCAUCCUGGAUUUGCCUGAGCAGGAUGCGGAGGCAGCGCCGCGGUCCUCCCCGCUUUACUCCUCCUCCUCCUGCUCCUCCAGCUCGCCGUACACCUCCUGGAUGGACUGCGACCGGAGUCCUUGCAUAUCUUCUGAUGAAGGGAGCCUCGAGGCCUCUCCCGACUCGACCAAACCGGACGACUCGUCCCUGGACCCGGAACACGACAAGAGCAAGAAGAGCAAGAAGCGCCGCGUCCUCUUCUCCAAAGCACAGACCCUGGAGCUGGAGAGGCGCUUCCGUCAGCAGCGCUACCUGUCCGGUCCGGAGAGGGAGCAGCUGGCCCGGCUCCUCAGCCUGACCCCGACCCAAGUGAAGAUCUGGUUCCAGAACCACCGCUACAAGAUGAAGAGAGGCCGGGCGGAAGGAGGGCUGCAGGACGUGGAGAUACCGCAGCCUCCGGUGCUGCGCAGGGUGGUUGUUCCGAUCCUGGUCCGGGAUGGGAAACCUUUUCACACCUGCUUACUUGACACGGAGAAGGCGUGCGGUUUACCUCCUUCUCCAGCUGUAGCCUUCCCCUUGGCCUGCCCGUCUCUUCAGCAUCCGUCAGCCGUCGCUCUUCCCCCAAGGUACCACCAGCACUUUCCCACCGCCGCGGCCUCCAGAUUCGCCUGGAGAGACUUUUGGAGCGACUCGGUCCACUUCAAUUCUCUCAAGUGAAGGCCUCCUUUCAAUGCACAAACUCAUUUAGAAUUGCAUCAAAUGUUUUCUGAAUGUUUUUGCAAAUUUUCCCAGCAACUUAAACAUUUAGACUUUUACUAUAGGACGAAGGAUAUUUUGCACAUUUUAUUUUGGUAUUUUUGCGUGUGUUUUGCGACUGUUUUUAAAAUGCUGAUAAUAUUUUCUCAUACAUGGGCUUACUGGUGUAGCCUGUAGAGUUUUAAUUAUCCGCUGAGAUAAUGUAUUUGUAUGUGAAGCUGUUUAAACAUAAUAUUUGUAUAAAUGAGAUCCCGUAGGCUUUAGGCUUUAGAGGAGGUAGCAGCAAAGCCACAACUGUGGUCGGAUGUUUGAAGGGAAAAAAAAUAAUAAUGUUAUUGGUCGUCUUUAAGGAGAUUGUC